CGGGUUUGGGAUUUGAGAAUUUAAUGAGAGAAAGGUUGGACUAAAUUCCUGAGUUGUUCAUUUCCUCGAAAUCUAAAGACACAACCUAGAUGCCAUACAAUGUCUUAAGUAUUUUAACAUGUUUUUACUCCGACCUUCUGAAAUCGACAAACUGACACAUUUUCAUUUUCGUCAAAACUACUUUAUUUGGAAGGAAUGCCUUUGAUUUGACAGCCCGCACAUGCGCAGUUUUGUCGUGAGACGCAACGACGUACUUCUAAGCAUGCGCUUUGCUAGACAAAGUCGUCAUGACAUCGCCCAGUGUGAUCGGGGAUUUCUAUUGGAGGGGCAAUUUUAGCCUAUCUUCAUACUGUACUGUCUUUGAUGUAGUGGUAUCCUGUGGUUCGCUGUCCUAAACCAGGAAAAACAGUCGCGUAAGUCAUUGUGAGAUGGCUCAACAAUUGUUAUUAAAAGUCAUUUGCAAUCAUCAGGGAACAUUGAACUAUGCAGAUCUGGCAGAUAUUGGGUGUGGGGCAGAUAUGAUCUGCGCUCUUGAUAAACUUGUUGAAAACGAUUUAUGUUCUAUAGCAGUGUGUAAUGGAAAUGAACGCAUUUUUGCGAAAACGAAAGUUAGACGCUGCAAGGCUCAGCAAUGUGAUGGCUGCAAUGAUUUACAUCUAUGUAAAUUGUAUCUAUUUGGGGACUGCAAGAAUAGUAUCGGAAGACGGACAUGCCGCUUUGGCCAUGACCUUCACUCCGAACACAACUCCAUAGUUUUGAGAGAGAAUAAACUUGAGACGCUGAGUAGACAAGAACUCCGGCAGCUAUUAUUACAGAAUGACAACUCCCUCCUUCCACCGGUGUGCAACUCUUAUAACAAAGGCACUAUGCCAUAUGGCAACUGCCCGGAUCAGGAGGGAUGCAGGAGACUUCACGUGUGUGACAGGUACAUCAGAGGAACCUGUUCCUCGGGAGCCGACUGCAACAGGUGUCAUGACUUCUUUGAGCCCCACCCACUGAGGACCCUGCAGCAGAGGGGGGUGCCAAACGAUCUAAUGGUGUCCAUGUUGUCCACCUACCGAAACAUUCAGGCCAUGAAAAGUGAAGGUGCCAGCGGUGCUGCUUCUAUCAACAGGCCCCAGAGCUGUCCUCAGAGAAACACAGGUAGACGGCUGCAGGAACAAACAUCAGGGUUGUGUUCAGACAAAGAAUACUGA